AUGAGCGGACCUCCUCCGCCACCGCCUCACGGCGAGAAUCCCAAGACCACCGCCGGCUCUCCCCCGCCUGGCGCUGGCUUGGGGCCAGGCAAUUACGACAUAUUCGUCAUUCCUCAGCGCGAUAAGGGCGGCGGCUUCAUCUACCUCCCGUCUCUUGCGCCCAAUGGCCCCAGCUUCGCAGCCGGUUUUGCCUGCGCCCUGGUCAUGGUCGUCAUGUUCCAGAGCAUGGCCCCCGCCUUCCGCACAUGGUGGGGAACCUACCAGGGCAUGGGAAACAUGGGAAUGUCACUCCUCGUCAUCGCCGUCGGUGUAGGAGCAUGGGCAUGGGGCAAGUCGCAAGCGCAGCCGUCUGCCUCAAACGGCAACGGUCCCAACGGCGGUUGGCGUACAGGCCCGGGAGGAUAUGGUUCUUACGCGGGCAGCGGCAACUUCGCCAACGGCUUCCCCGGAACCGGUGCUCCUCCUCCCCCUCCCCCUCAUGGCACUCCCCCUCACGGCAGCCAAAACACCGGUCAUUCGAGCGGUUCCAGCUACGGGUCGGGAAAUGGGGGGCCUAGGUCUUCCUGGCAAGAACGACCACAAGGGCCUCCUCCUCCGCCACCCCGUCAGCCAGAGCCCGAGCCUGAGCCCGAGCCUGAACCCGAACCAGAGCCUCGCAAGCCGGAUCCUCCUCCAAAGGCGAGGCCUGAACCAAAACCCGAACCUAAACCGGAGCCCAAACCAGAGCCCAAACCGGAACCCAAGCCGGAGCCCAAACCUGAGCCGAAGCCAGAGCCGAAGCCUGAACCCAAGACUUCACCACAGAAACCGCCACAGAAAUCCCAAUGGGAGAAGGCUAGAGAGGAGACGAGAAAGCGCGAGGAAGAGCGCAAGGCCAAGGAAGAGGAGGAGAGGCGCAAGGCCGAGACGGCCCGCAAGCUGAGAGAGUUCCGGGAAAGAGAAGCCCGUGAACGUGCCCGACGAGACAGAGAGGAGCGUGAGAGACGGGAGAGAAUCGAGCAAGACAUUCGCGAAAAGGAGGAACUCAAGCAGAAGCUGGAGAUUGAGCGACAGGAGAGAGAAAAGCUCCAACGCGAAAAGGAAAAGGCCGAGCAGGAGGCCAAGGAGGCCAAGGAGCGCGCCGAGAAGGCGGCCAAGGAACGCGAAGCCCAAGUCAACAAGGAGCGCGCAGACAAGGAGCGUGAGGAGGCGCGCAAGAAAGAGGCGGCGGAAGCUGCCGCCCGCAAGGCCCGUGUCGAGGCACAGCUCGAAGCCUUUCGGAAAGCCAAGAGGGAGCGUGAAGCUGCGGAGAAGGCCAAGAAGGAUCGUGAAGAAGCAGAGAAGAAGAAGGCGGAGGAGGAAGCUGCUCGCCGGGCCAAGGAGGAGGCGGAGCGCAUCGCAAGAGAAGAGGCGGAACGAAAGGCAGAGGCUGAACGAAAGGCAGAGGCGGAAAGAAGGGCAGAGGCUGAGCGAAAGGCCGAAGCAGAGCGCAAGGCCAAAGAAGCAGCAGAGGAGGCGGCGAGAAACACUCGCAAGAGUGGCUCUUACGCCUUCUCGUCGGUCGGUGAGAAGACAACCGUCGAGACCUCCCCCAUCCGCGGCGUCGUCGGCUCCCCCAAGACCUCCCCCGUCUGCGUCUUCUUCUGCUCCCCCAAGACCCCCUCCAUCAGCCAGCUCUGUGCCGCCAAGACCCGCGCCUUCUGCGACAUCUUCGAACUCGAGACCUGCGCCUUCUGCGACGUCCUCGAACACAUCGAGACCAGCGCCUUCGACAGCAUCCUCGAACACGGCGAGACAGCCCCCGAGGCCCGAACCGUCGACGAAGAGCAAUACUCGUACCGACCAUACGAUAAGCCGAAGCACAAGCCGGCGUCAUCCAUCGGCUCCGAGUCAUCAUGGGCCCCGUCGGCCACGACUACGCGAACGACACCGCCGCCUAGCAUGCGCGCUCCGUACACGACGAAAGACCCCGACAAGAUUGUCAUCAGGGCAGUCUAUCUGUUCAUGAAUCAGUUUGCCAAGACCCCGGCCAGCCAGCUCGUGUCGGGGUUUGGCACAGUGACAGAUGGACUUAUCCUGCGGAUAACGACCGAAGGCCUCUUCAUCGACGACGAUGUCCGCGGCGUCCCGCAGCGCGAGUGGGACGUCAAGGCCUGGACGUUAAAGCUGGUCGAGGUAUGGUGCCCCCCGCACUGCUUGAAUUCCGCUGCUGCUGCUUCUACCCCGUCGAAUUCUGCAAACCAUCCAUCUGGCUUGUUUCAAAAAAUGGCGAAUCAGCGAGCGCGUACGGCGGAUAGAGGCGCCACGAAAAUGCUCACGGGAGACGAAGCUGAUGCCUACCUGACCGAAAUGUUGCGUGCUUGCAAGAAUUGCUGCCGUCUUGGCUUGUGCGACACAAAGUUCAAAGAUACUAACAUCCCAUCUUCGGCCGGGCAGACUGGGGAGUGGAGACACAAGAGCCUCCACGUCCUGCGCGCAACUAUCCGAGAUCAAGAAGGCAAGCGAUACAUGUUUGUCCUGGACGAAGAGGAGGCCUGGAAGGUCGCCGUCGGCGUGCAGAGGCUGCGCAAGGGCACCCAGGUGCGCUCGCUGGGCGUCAGCGGCAUGUCUGCGUCCGACGCCAGAGGCACACUCGAGACCCUCGGCUGGGGUUAA